AUGCUGUGGAGAGAGACAGUUGAGCUCAGGUGCGAACGCUUCACCCAGGUUCUCCCACCGGUGGAGCUGCUCCGACCUCUGGCAGACUACGAGGGCGACAUCUCCGGGCUCCGCGACGUGGAGCGCGAGAUUCUGCCACUGGCACAGCUGACGCGGCUCCGAGAGCGCUUGCGGUUGCUCUCGCUCUUCAAGACCUUGGACGAGCGUCUGGGGGAUGCGAUGCAGCAGAUGUGCGCGGUGCAGACGGCAUGCGGGGAGGUUCGCAAGUCCUCUGUCUUGAGGAACCUCCUGCAGAUCAUUGUAGUUCUCUUCAAUUACGUCAACUAUGGUCAGGCGCCGUCCGAGAAAAGCAACGCGAACGACUUGCGUGCUCGAAAUGUGGACGUGCAAAGCCUCACGCACCUGGUGGAGACGCAGUCCUUCGGCGGGCCUUUCCCGAAGUUUAACAUGCUGCACUUCUGUCUGCAGGAGCUCCUCAAGCAGUGCCCAGAUCUGCAAAAAGGAGCCUUGGACGCAGAGCUCGCAGCUUUGCCAAGCGCAGCUUGCGUGAACCUGGCACAGGUGAAGCUGGCACUGGAACGGCUGCAAGCCGACCUCCAGUUCGUCCAGACGGAACUUUAUGGCCAUCAGGAAGAGUACAGGAAGAAGGACAUCGAGGAGGAGGAGGACCCUCCGACACCUCCUCCGGUGAAGGGCCCUGUCAAGUUUGACCUGGAGGAGAACGACACAGCCUCCGAGGACGAGGUGGCCCCAGGGAGUGAGGAGGAGGGUCUGCCCAAGGUGGAGAGUCCAAGGCGUUCGGUGCUCGGCCGCCUCGUCUCCAUGGGCAUCGAUACCUGGAGCUUCGCUGAGGAAUGGUGUCAGGGAUCGGCCAUGCUCGGCGUCUCGGACAACGAAGGUCUGCAGGCGGUGAUGGCUGCAGACGGUGAGGUUCCGCCCCCUGGGGUGCUGCUGCGCUGGCGGCCCUCAGGCCGUUGGAAGGCCUACUUCUGCGAAGUUCGCGGGGCCUUGCUUGUGCUUUACAGGGUCAAGCGCAGCACAGCUGUACUUCGAGGCACGUUCUACAUCGUGCUUCCGGGUGCAGAAGUGUCACUCUUGCAGUCGCUCUACGCUUCGGAGCAUGCUCGUGAGAUUGCGAGGGAGCACCCGCAUGGUAUCGAGCUGCGGCCAGCCGGGGGCCGCGAAGAGUAUUUCCUGGCCAAAAGCGCCAAAGAAGCAGGUCGCUGGCUCGACUUCCUCACUUUGCAGACGAAGCGCGGCGAUGCAGGCCACGUGUCCCACUACGUGGGAGGAUGGGGCCUACUCAGCUCGUGCUGGCGACGCCUCUUUUGCGUCAUUGAGAGAGGCAAAGAAGAAGAUUCCAAGGCCCCCGGCUCGAGCCGCCCGCGGCUCUUGGGCUUCUCGAGGCUGCGCGACUACGCGGAAGGUCUUGCGCCAGAAGCUACUUGGACUCUCGAGGACAUGCGAGUUCAUGCCUUCGAUGCGGAGGGGAGCUCAGCUACUGCCAAAGGACUCCUUCCGACGGCACCCAUCGGGCUCGAGCUGGAAUACCCGGCUACCCAGAGCAGAGUGCAACUGGCCUGCGAUUCGGCUGAGCACUUGGAUGCUUGGUUGGAGGUGCUCCGCAGUGUCCAAACAGGCGGCAUGACUGCGCGCCGGGGGAGUCAAGGCACGCUGGUGGACGACGUCAAAGCCACCAACUUGGAAGACGGAGUGGACCAUACACGGCUCUUCGAUCUCUUUGGUGACCAGUCACCCACUACCGAGUCGAAAUCGCUUUCCUUCAGCGUGGUAGAGGCCGAUGAUGCGACGGCGAGCACAGAUCGCCUCCGCCGGCUGAUGUUCAGUGUGGGUGCAAAUGGCUCGUCCGACCAGGAGACCAAGCAGGCUGCGUUGCCAGCAGCAGCCGUCGAAGUCAUCCAAAUCGAUUCUGAUUGCGAGGAGGAGGGCUACGACGAGGCUUAUGGCAUGCCAUGGGUUGGCAGCUUCUGCCAGCUUUCAGGCGCCACGGAAGCCUUGGACGCUCCGGAUGCUCUUUCCCAACUGAAGCACUUGGAGGUUGAGAUGACUGGAGUCGUGGAAAAGUGGUCGAGGACGUUGGCAGCGACAGAGGCAGAUUGUCGCGGCUUGCUACGCUUCUUUGGUCUGGGUGCCCCAGAGGAGAGUCAGCUCGCGGAGGCGGCAGCGCAGCUCCUUCGCGCGCUUAGCACCUUCCGCGGCCAGGUGGGCGACGCUUGGGCCGAACUCGAGCAGCACGCGAGCGAGGAGGCGAGAAAGCGAGGCACCAAGAAGCCGGGCAAGCCCCUGCGCACUCGUGCCCGCACCCAAACUGCAGCCACCGACACUUCAGAGGUCUCCCAAGCCACGGAUGCCUUGUACAUUAGCUGCAUUAGCUCCAUCCUAGCAAGCACGAGGGAGAUGGCAAGUUCAGGGCUUAAGGUUGCCAAUUCGGCGGCGCCUGACUCACUCAUAGCGCUGGCCUCCCUGAUGGGAAAGGCCGAGUUGCUGAACAUCCCUGUGCUGGCUGCUUGGGCGCAUAGGAUGCGCCUACAACAAAAAGAUUUGUGCCUGCAAUGCCUGCAGCUGCUGCUAAAUGAAGAUGAUCAACCUUUGUUCACCAGUGCGUUGCGUGGGAACUCUUUUGUGGAUGGCUUUAGUCAUAGCCUUUAUCAAUUUAUCGAUCAGGCGCAUGGCCUAAAUGGCUACAUGCCACAGCAAGAAGUGACUAAGUCAGGGCAGAAUCUGUUCUUCACAUACCCAGACCCUCUCGAUGCCGCUAAGCACAAGCAGGGAUUACUUGCUUUCCCUUUCCGUCUCUGCUUCGUGCUGCAUUUCACGCCCUUCCAUGCCUGGCUUGGCUGUCGCCAUGGCUGCCAGUACAUGGCAGGCUGCCCGGGAGCAAGGGCGCCCGCGUUGGCAACGAAGCCAAGGGCGGAUGAUGGCGGGUGGCCGCAUGUCCCCUCGAGAAAGUAUGCCACAGAGCUUCUGCGAAAGCUUGCCCAGGAGGAUCCUCUUGAGGCGGUCAAGCUUCUCCAGGUGCUUGGAGCUUCCAAAGUCGAGGCUUCCACCUUCCACUUCGGUGCAAUCUUGGGCCCUUGCGAGAAGAAGUCCUCCUGGGUCUUGGCGUCCUGGCUCCUCCUGGAGAUUGCUUCGGCAGGUGUGGAGAUGAACAUGGUCAUGUCGAAUGCUAUCCAGAGUUCUCUGGCCAAGCGAUCGCGGUGGUUGUCUGCACUGAGGAUGCUCGAGAUCGCUGAAUCCCACUCACAGCAGCCGGACUCGAUUUCCUUCGACACGGCUCUGUCCUCCUGCAGAUCGCGGCAGCGCUGGAAGCAGGCGCUGGCGGUGAUUUGCUCAAUCAAUGCACGGUCAGCCUCCGUCUCCGACUUUGGCCACAACUUUGCCAUGGCGGCGUCGGGGGUCGGGUUGCAGUGGCAGCGCGCCCUGGAGGUGCUUUGGGCAAUGGGUGGAGCUCGACUUGAAACAGGAGUGUACAGCCUCAAUGAGGCGAUUAACGUGUGCAAGUGUGCUGCUCGCUGGGACUUGGCCUGCACCCUCCUCACAGCAAUCGAAGGCACCCUGCCGGACCUCAUCAGCUUCGGAUCAGUGCUGUCAGCCUGUGCGCGAGCAGCGGCCUGGCAAGAGGCACUUGCACUCUUGGAAGGCCUUCAGGCGCAGGCGGUACAGCCAAACCACAUCUGCUACAAUGCAGCUCUGUCAGCCCUUCAAGUGGGCGCACAAUGGAAGCUUGCAUUCAGCAUGCUUCAGCGCAUGACCAAGGCGUCGCUUGCCAAUAUCGUGACAUUCAAUACAGCCCUCGGCGCCCUGGGCGCUGCGAGAUGCUGGGCCGAGGCUUUGGAGGUGCUGUCCCAGAUGGCAUCGUGUCGAUUCCAUCCUUCUGACAUCGGCCUGAGCGCCAGCCUCAACGCAUGCGCAGCCGGCCAGUGGCAGGUGGCCGUGGCGUUGGCCGCCGGUCCCUCAGGCGACUCACACCUCAGCUCCACGUCGCUGCGGGCCACCCUGCGCCGGUGCGGGCGCUGGCGCUCGGCGCUGGAAGGCGAGCCCAAGGAUGUUGUCGAUGCGUCUGUCGCCCUCGGCGCGCUGGGAGAUGCAGGGCACUGGGCUGAGGCGAUGAGGCGUGCAGUGGAGGUUUCGCUGCAACAGUUGCGAACGGCUAUCCAGGCCUCAUCUCUCCUGUCGACCACUGCGGCCGCCCUUGGCGCCCGCCACACGGCCUGGCAGCAGUCCCUGGCCUUGCAAGCAGCAGCCUGGGCGCAUGCGGUGCAGCCAACACUGGAAGCAGACCGGGCGGUGCUGGCAGCGGCGAGUUGGACGGCAGCGUGCAACGCCUUGGAGAAGGUGCAAGAGACACGUGAUGGGCCUUCCCUGAGCGCCAUCAUCACCUCCUGCGGGCCAUUUAGAUGGCAGCUGGGCAUUUCCCUUCUGAGUGCGCUUCUUGACAUGCACACGGCGGCCGACUGCGUCGCCUUCGGUGCUGCCUUGGGCGCUUGCGCGAAGACACAGGAAUGGGAGCAGUGCCUUGCCCUACUCCGGUCCAUGAGCUGCCAGAGGAUUGCCCCCGACGGAGUUGCCUACAACGCCGUGCUGAUGGCGGCCUCACGGGCCGAGCAGUGGUCCGUCCUGCUGACGCUGUUGCAGGCCAUGACAGAUGCGACCGUGAUUCCUGAUGCAACCUCGCACAGCUGCGCUGCCGAAGCCCUGGAACGUGCGGGCCGUCCACUCGAUGCGCAGCGGUCCGUCGUGGCAAUGAGCCAGACCAUCAGCGCCCUUGUGCUCUACUGUGUGGAGCAGGCGCUGUGGGAUGAUGAAAGGCAAGACCGGCAAGACCCGUGCUUUGACAUCGUGAGCAUGAACCAGAGGCUGGCAUUCUGUGUAUGUGCCAUUGUGGGCGAGGCCGGUAGCCCUCCCCCUCUCCCAGACGACCCCGUGGCGCCUGGGGCCUCAGAAAUGGGAAUGAAACGCGGCGGGCCUUUGUUGGUCCUGACUACUUCUGAUCUUGGCUUCGGUUGCGAUGUGCUUGAUUGCGACGUCAGCCUUGCCAACAGGUGUGAGGUCAUUGGCAACAAUAUCCUUGCAGAGUUCUGGUGCAUGUUCAAAGAGGCGCGGUCCAACUUCUCCGGCUUCGGGGGUGCCGCCGGGGACGCGUUGAUCGUGGAUAACGCCCCGCCUGAGGGCCUCAGCCAAUGUUUGCUCCUGCUAGACCGGCAGCCUCGCAUCGUCUCCUCACAGACGGUUUUGGGACCUGGAAAGUUCGCUCUCAAACUGCGCGGAGGAAGCGUGCGAUCUGGCCAGGUGAGGAGCCUGGGCUACAUUGGCAGCUUCCUCGCGGAGUAUUCGGCUGCUCUGGAGCUCCAGCGCUGCAAGCCCACGGACGUGACGAACCCCAUGAAGGCCAUACUGGAGCCCAAGGUAGACCUGCCAGGCGAUUUUGCCCGGAGGCCAGUGAAUGCGGCGUUGGUGCCAGUCAACCCUUCGCAGCGUGCAGCUAUCGAAGGCCUCAAGUACGCCUUGGAGAAGAUCCAGGGCCCGCCUGGCACCGGCAAGUCGACGACAAUUUUUCACAUAUUGGAUGCGAGGGUGCCUGCAGGCCAACGUGUACUUGUGACCUGCUCUCGCAACGUCGCAGUGGAGUCCAUCGCGCAGAAGCUCGAAGGACUGCAGGGUUGGCCGCUUUGCGUGUUCGGCCCGCGUGACCGGGUUGGCGGCACCGCCCGUCGAUAUUUGCUGGAUUCCCAGGUGGGAGGACAUCUGGAUGAGCCACGACGCCGCCGUGGAGCUCAAGCUGCCAAAGAGAGCCGCGCAGCGCUGUCCGCUGCCCUGACAGCAAAGGAGGCGGAGUGUCGUGGCCGGCGAGGGGAGCGCUUUCUGCUGGCCUUCCUCCGCAAGCGUUUUGCUCUGGCUUACGCCAUGCGUGACCUUUGCAUGCGCGUGGAGAGGUACUGUGCAGCUGCAGCUGCCUCACCCGAAUGGUGCAGUCAACGCACGCAGGCCACCAAAGAGGCGACUCUUCAUGAAGCUCGGAUCCUGCUUUGCACGAUUGCCUCCACGAGCCGAAUGCUGCGAGAGUGGGAGGAGGCCAUGGGGACGGAGCUUCGAGUGCAUACAGUGGUUGUGGACGAGUGUGGCUGUACGCCGGAGUCAUCCACGGCACUGCUGCUGCGGCUGCAGCCUGCCAACUUGGUCCUUGUGGGAGAUCACAAGCAACUGCCACCGACAUCGCUCGUUCAGCCGCAGAUCCUUGAGGGAACUGGUCACAAUCGCUCGCUUCUGGAGCGCUGCGUCCUCGCGUCGGGCAGGGUGCACCAGCUCCGCGAGCAGUAUCGAAUGCACCCAAGCAUCGGCCGGCUGGUGAGUAACCUUUUCUACACCGGCAGACUGGAGACUCCACGUCGGGUUGCCGAGGAUCGCCAAGCCUGCGAGCGAAGACCGCUUGUGUGGCUGGAUGUUCAAGGCCGCGAGGAGGCUCCAAACAAGUCCUACAUCAACCUUGCAGAGGUGAGCACCUGCCUCAAGGUUGUCACACGAUUGCGCGAGCGUGUUGGGCCGAAGCCCUCUGUGGCACUGCUGACCUUCUACAAGGGUCAGCUCGAAGAGCUGAUGAAGGCCGUGCCCAGCGACCUCGAUGUUGAGGUGCUGACUGUGGAUGCGUGUCAGGGUAGCGAGUUCGACUUUGUGGUUUUGAGCACCGUUCGCGCAAAUCGAGAGUCUCGCCUGGGCUUCGUUAAGGAUGCUCAGCGGAUAUGCGUGGCAACGUCCAGGUCCAGGCUGCAGCUUUUUGUCGUGGGGCACCGCCAGACCCUUUGCUCCGAUGGCGAUUGGAAGCAAGUCGCUGAGGCAUGCGCCCCCGCGACAGCCGAAGACGCUCGUCCCCAACGCCCUCCUGUGGCUGGCUUCGUCUCCGUCUUCGAGUCCCUUCGCCGGGCCAAGGAACUGGAUGCCGAGAAGAAGGCGCUUCAAGCCAUGGAGGACCAGAGCAAAGAUGCAGGCCGUCGGGCGCCGCGAGCCGCCCCUGCCUAUGGAGCGGAGUCGCUCAUGCGGCAGCAGAGCAGUUUCCGCAACCAGGCUUCGCGGCCAUCGAUUGUGCGCAGGAAAGAUGGCACCUACGAAAGCAGUGCUGCCGUCGCCAUUGGUGGUGGCUUCCGUAGCCGCCGUGAUGUGCAUGCCUUGGAGGCAACGGCCCGGGCCCACCUGCAGAGUUUGGAGGCUCCGAAACCUUACUUUGCUACGAUGGCUCCGAAGGCCAACGACUACGACGCGUUUCCCGAGCUUUCAGGCCGAUCAGAAGCAAGCGGUCACAAGGCAUCGAUGCCCCGAUGUCAACUUCGCCCCCUGACUCGCAAUGACGAGCGGCGAGCACGACGAGCUGCGCAGAAGGCUGCAGCAUCUGAGGCUGAGAUGGAGGUCUCGCCGUUGCAGCCGGAGGAAGUUCCGGAUCCUGGUGCCAUGGAGCACGUCUGGGAAGAUGUACAUGAGGCAGUUCUUUUCGAAAUGUUUCCAGAGGACACGCCCGCUGUGGAAGAGGCAUUGCUGCGCUUCGCAGGAACUCCGCACCAGGCUGCUCGUGCACUCGAAGCGCUCUUGGCACGCCCAGAGGCCAAGGCCAGGUUGGAAGGUGAGGACGACCUGGAUUACGACUGCGCUUCCCUGGCUGAAGAGGAUGAGCCCUGGGAGUGGGAAGAGGAGGAGGAAGAAUGGGACGAGGAUGCACAGGAUGCUAUGUACGGCUGUGCUUGGUGCGGUGGCGAAGCCAUCGAUGGCAGCAUUGCCGAGGAUGGGCAGCUCUACUGCAUGACCUGCUGGGAGGAGUGGCAGGCCGCUGCAGCUUGGGAGGAGAAGCCCGUACCGGAAACGGCGCCACGUGGAACAAAGCCGUCCACGGAGGAGCCGAAGCCAGUGCGGCGAUGGGGCAGCCAGGCCAAGCAGGACAAUGUUUUCGGGAGCCUUGAUGGCGCGCCGAAAUGGGCGGAGAUGCCAGCAAGACCCGAACAAGGCGGAAAGGAACUGGUUCCGCUGCGCCCCAAGGAGGAGCGUGGGACGGAAGAUCAGCCAGAGUCGAAAGGGCGGCGAGCGGAACUCAAGAAUCCAGCGGCUGCUCGCACCCAUGCACCGGCCACCUGCGUGCAAAGCCGCGCGGAGAGGUGCCAUGAGCUGCUCGCAGGCGCGCGGCCUGCGCUUGAGGAGAGCAUCAUCGAUUAUUUGGCCUCAAUGCUUGGCGAGUGCCAACAGGAAGAGGUGGAGGAGCUCCAUGAAACAGUGGUGGAGAUCCUCCAGGGCCACGACAUGUCUGCCAAGGAUGCAGAAAGUCUGUGGCAGAAGCUCAGGACCUGA